AGCUCGCCGUAGGGCGUAGGCUAGCGUGCAGCUUCAGACCGGAGCACGAGAUCCGAGAAGCUACCGCAUCUGUGAAAGUGAUCUCUCCUUGCUCUUCGGUGCUCCUAGCUAGCAGUUCAGUCCACUGUCCACUCAACCCACCAUGGCCAGCAGCGGCACGAACGCCACCGGCGACGGGACGGUGCCGCAGCCACCGCCGUCGCAGGGGAGGCUCAUCACCGUUCUGAGCAUCGAUGGCGGCGGCAUCCGGGGGCUCAUCCCUGCCACCAUCAUCACCUGCCUCGAGACCAAGCUCCAGGAGCUGGACGGGCCGGACGCACGCAUCGCCGACUACUUCGACGUGAUCGCCGGGACGAGCACCGGCGCGCUGCUGACGUCGAUGCUGGCGGCGCCCGACGAGAACAGGCGGCCGCUGUUCGCCGCCAAGGACCUCACCACCUUCUACCUCGAGAACGGCCCCAACAUCUUCCCACAGAGAAAGGUGGGGUGGCUGACGCCGGUGGCGAACCUGAUCGGCACGAUGAGGGGUCCCAAGUACGACGGCGUGUUCCUGCACGACAAGAUCAAGAGCCUGACGCACGACGUGCGGAUCGCGGACACGGUCACCAACAUCGUGGUGCCGGCGUUCGACGUCAAGUACCUGCAGCCGAUCAUCUUCUCCACGUACGAGGCCAAGACCGACGCGCUGAAGAACGCGCACCUCUCCGACAUCUGCAUCAGCACGUCGGCGGCGCCGACCUACUUCCCGGCGCACUACUUCACGACGGAGCCCGCCGGGCCCGGCGACGCGCGCCCGCCGCGGGAGUACCACCUCGUCGACGGCGGCGUGGCGGCCAACAACCCCACCAUGAUCGCCAUGUCCAUGCUCACCAAGGAGGUGCUCCGCCGGAACCCGGACUUCAACCCCGGUAAGCCCACCGAGUACCGGAACUACCUCGUCAUCUCCGUCGGGACAGGGUCCGCCAAGCUCGCCGAGAAGUACACCGCGCCGCAGUGCGCCAAGUGGGGCCUCAUCCAGUGGCUCUACGAGGGCGGGUUCACCCCCAUCAUCGACAUCUUCUCGCACGCCAGCGCCGACAUGGUCGACAUCCAUGCCGCCGUGCUCUUCGAGGCCCUCCAUUGCGAGAAGAAUUACCUCCGCAUUCAGGACGAUUCUCUGACGGGCCAUGCGUCGUCGGUGGACAUCGCGACGAAGGAGAACAUGGAGGCACUGAUUGGGAUCGGGAAGAAGCUUCUGAAGAAGCCGGUGGCGAGAGUGAACAUCGACACGGGGAUGUACGAGCCCGUCGCCGGCGAGGGCACAAACGAGGACGCGCUUGCGCGCUUCGCCAAGAUGCUCUCCGACGAGCGGAGGCUACGCCAGGCCAACCUCAACUCCUACUAGCAGGCACUAGCUAGCUAUGUUGGUUCUCUGUUGUAUGUCGUUGGUGAUUGCAAAUAAUUGAGCACAGUGAAUAGCUGGGAGAGCUAGUAGUUCAUGUCCUUGCUGGUGUGUUUGUUGUAAACAGUGCCCCAUCUAUAGUCGCAUCAUCUGUGUUGUCGCUCUCUAA